CUCCCCCCCUCACCCCUCUUCACCCACCACCACCCCCAUAUCAUGGCCAACAACCAAAUUCCUCUGGAAAUCAUUCCUCCAAAACCCCCUAAACACACCUACCCCUCCCCUCCUGCACUCCUUCUCCCACGCCCAAUCUCUUUUAUUGUUACGUUACAUGGGCGUAACGUGGGUAGAAGUGGGAAUGAGCGAGGAGAUGUGUAUGUGGCUUUGGGCGUUGUUGGUGAAGGUGUGGGUGGGGAGGGGGGUGCUGGGUGGGGAGGAGGUCAGUGAAUUGAGAGGAUUGUGUAGGCGGUGUUGGAGGGUUAGGGAGGCUGCGGGUGUGGAGAAGGAAGUUGUGGUAUUCACCGAGGAUAAGGAGGACGGCAAGGAAGACGGUCAGGCCGACAAAAUGGAAGACGAGGAGGCAAAGGCUGAGAAUGUUCCGACCAUCACGGCGGAGAAUACGGAUGAGAAUGACCAGGUCGCCAUCACCUCAGUUGAAGAAGUACCGCCUCCAACCGUGCCAGCCAACGACGAAGCACCAUUACUGAGAGCUGACAUCCGGGCUGCGAUCGAUACAUGCAUUCUGAUCAUCAGUGAAGUCUUAGGCCAAAAGGACCUCGGGUUUGAUCCUCUAUGAUAGAUUUCUCGCGAGUAUACGCAAGUAUACUGUAAGAGUGGUGGUAUCGAGGAGGUAUACAAACACUCUCCUGGGU